AUGGUGAUGGAAAAUAAAAAUGAAAAUGAAGUAGAGAUUAGAAAAUUGAGGAAGGAAUUAAAAGUAUUGGAAGAAAAAUUGACUUCAGGCAAAGAUCUCAUAAUGCAAAUAACUUUUGGAAAAUACAAAUGCACAUUUUUUUCGAGAAGAAGAGAGGGAAUAUUUUUGUGGAAAGAUCUUGAAGAAUCUAUAAAAAAAUAUUCAAAUGAAAUUCUGAAUGAUGAAACAUCAUUUAAACUUAUAUUACCAGUACAAAAAGAAUUUUCCAGUUAUUUGAGCUUCACAAAAGUUACUAAAUUAUAUGGAAUCCAAGUGCCAACAAUACAAGAUCUAAAACAAUUUGAACCAGGAACUUAUUCAUGGAAUCCUGAAGAUAUUUGUGACAAAAUGGUAGUCACUCUAAAACCACAAAAUUUUGGUGGAACAGGAUCUGCCAAUGAACCUACAAUAGCUGAAUUUGUAUCAGCUGUUAUGCACAACAUUAUUGGAAGUUUAAAUGGAUCUAAUUUGCAAUUUAACUAUAAUGAUUCUCUUAGUGGUGAGUAUUUUGAUUAUGUAUAUGGCAUUGUGACUACUGGUAUUCAAUGGGUAUUUCUUAUAUUUUCUUCCAAGUUUAAAGCUGCAGCUUCAACUAGAAACAUAUUACAACUAAAUAUAUCAAGCGAAAAUGUAAAUGAAGAACAAUUAGCAAUGGAUCUUAAGAAAAUUUUUUCAGUAAUCCUGUGGAUGUUAGAUGAUAGAAUUCAUAGUAUUGGAAGUUCUUUGAUGAUAUUUUAA